GAGCAACAUCCGAUGAGGGGGGACCCGCACUGCUGCAGCCAAGCGAGGGGUCCUACACUUGGAUGAACUGGGGGAGGAGAGAGCACAGAGCGGCUGUCAUGUAAGCUGUCUCCUCUGGGGCCACCGCUCGGUGCGCACUGCUUCCUGCCUCAGCUGAGCGGGCAGCACAUCCUCUCAAAGCACCGAAAUGGAGAAGAUCUGCUCAGAGUGCACCGAGCCAACGCUUGCACAGAGUCUCUGUACACUCUGCAACAAGUGGUUUUGUUACCAGUGCACAGAUUUGCACCAGCACCAGAGUGUCCCUGCCACUUCACACUGCCCAGACUCGUACCAGCAGCAGAGGCCCAGCGCCGGCCAGUGUGCUGACCUGCACCAGCGAGGCUCCAGCUCCCUUCCUCCUGCAGGACAAGGGUCGUAUCCUUGCUCCCUCCUCAUGUGCCACUCUCACAGACAGGAGCCUUUGGAGCUUUUUUGUGAGUCAUGUGACCUUCUGUGCUGCAGCAGCUGUCACCUGUCCUCCCACAAAAACCACAGGGUGGUGCAGAUCGGGAAGGCCCUGCAGGAUCAGCAAUGGCUCUUUGAGAGCCUGAUGGUGCAAGUGGAAGAGAGGAGAUCUGCUGUGGAGAACAAUGCUAAACAGAUAGAAGAUAGACUUCAUGGAGUAAAGAUCGCUCACAGAAAGUCAGAGAACCAGAUUAAAAUGGCAAAGAUGAUUAUGAUGAACGAGCUUAACAAACGAGCCAACCUAUUAAUAGAGCAACUGGAGAAGAUUACAGAGGACUUUCAGCAGCGUCUGGAGGACCAGCUGCAAGGGGCAAUAGAGAUAUGUGGCCAGCUGGACCACAUUCAGAAGUUCAUCACCUGGGCCACGACCCAUCACUGCAGAGGCCCGGUGCUCUUUAGCAGGGCUCUGAUUUCCCUCCAGAUGCAGCAGCUGCUUGAGGCGUCUUUCCACUCAGACUCUUGGAGUCCCGUCAAAAUCAAAUUUAACUGGGAUGCAAGUUACUGGACAAAGCAGAUUUCCUCGUUAGGUCAGCUGACUGUCGAGGGUGGAAGCUGCUCCUAUCCUUCAGGCCUGGCCUAUUCCAGUAUCAUGAGGCCCCAGCCCAUCGCCUGCUUGACUCUCCCGUCUGUGGUUCACAGAGGUCGAGAGGCAGGCUGUGGGUACCAGGCCUGCUGCGAGCCACAGAUGUGUUGCCUGCAUGGCAUCCCCCCCCAGGCAGAUCUGUCCAGUCUGGACAAAAGCCAGAAGGAAACCACUCAUUGUAACUCUGCCUGUACUCAGCCUGCUCUGAUUUCUGCAUCCCUGCACCAGAACCAGCAGCUCCAGAGGUGCUGGGACGCAGAGAGCUCCUUGCAGUGUCCUCCACCUUCAUCUCCUGUCCCAAUUAUUGGACCAAUCCAGCUCAACUGCAGCCGAGGGUCUGAGCCCCUACCGCGCUCUCAGUCCAUAUCCUAUCUGUCUUGUCACCAACACCAGAGAGAAGUUCUUUCAGACAGUCACGCUCAGAUAAGCGCAGGCCGCGGCAGGCCGGGCCGGCUGGGCCCGUGUAAGGGGAAGUUGUCAGCCAGCACAGCUCUGCAACAGGAGCUCAGCCACACAGUGUUGGACAGAGAUGCGAUGAGUGAAGAGAGCUGGGAGGACAGACGCAGUGUGGAGGAGACUUGUGGGCGAACAGCAGCAGCUGAAAGCAGGAAGCUGCUGGAUGAGGAGCUGCAGCUGGUGAGGAGGGAGCAGAGUCCUGUCCGACAGCAGCAGCUCCAAGCUGCUCUAGCAGCGGAGCAGCCGAGGACCAGACCUGCACUGAUGCUCAAACACCACAGAGAUGACCAGAGCUCCACAUCCCUAGAGCUGUCUGCGACAGCCCACGAGUGUGCAUCUGAUGUGCAGAGCAACAGGCUCAGCCCUGGUUCAGUGUGCACAAGGAGGAAGAGACGCUCCCGCAGCAUCCCGACGGAGCUGACAGCCCCAUCCAGCAGCCCGUACGCUGAGCGGCCCGCGGGAUGCACCAGUAGCAGAGAGCAGGGAGAUGCAAAGAAGUAUGACAUCAUGGAUCCCAGACAGAGGAGAGCAUCAGAUGGGGUUCUGUGUGUUGUUAAGGAAACCUCAUCUCAGACGACCCCACUCAGAGGAGGCUUCCCACCCUCACUGUCCUAUAAGAUGGAGCCAGAUCAUCUUCCCACUUUUGUAACUGAAGAGAUUGAUUACGGAGCUAAGGAGAAACUCAAAGUUUCACAACGCAGCUUCAGCAGUAACGGAGAAGUUUCAAAGGAUUCGUGCAGACCGAGGGUCCCGGUGGUUUGCUUAGAGCGUCUGAAAAUACUCGUGUCGCAGCUGCCACCACAUGGACGGAGACAGAGCGACCCAUUGCCUGCCAGCACGGCGGACAAGUCGGACACCAGCGCUCAACAGACAACCUGGCGUGAUGCAACACCAGAGGGGAGAUCAGGAGUCUCUGACACCAGGAGGACUGCCCGUUCACUCACCACGCCGCCGUAUGGAAGCCAACAAACUCGUCAAUUCACCACAAAUUUAACUAACACUGACUUUCACCUCCAUGACGACAGAGGGAGACUUAGUUCCCAUAAAGCAUCUGCGCCGCCAUCCACUGACUCUAAAUAUGUACCCGUAAGUUACUCUGCAGUUAAUCUGGACUCUGACUCUGAUCCCAGGUCAGUGUCGGAGGAUGCUAUGUUUUCUCCAGUUGACCCACAAUUAGAUUCAGAUGCGUCACCAGACUCUGACCCAAAUGCACAGUCGUCAUCUGAGGCUGAGCUUGAAUGUGAGGUUAGAAGGAAACUGGUACCUGCAAGUGAGAUGGAUCUGUGUGGGGAUUCAGAGCCAAGUCUUGAAUAUGAUGCAGAUCCAGAAUCGGAUGCAGGAGCAGGAUCGGAGGAUGUCCAAGGACUGGAUGCCGGAGCAGAAUCGGGUGAUGGUGAAACCGAGUCUGACACCCAACCCGAAUAUGAUCCAACUUUUCAGGCUGAGACUGACUCAGAUCCUCUGUCCGAGCAGCAUCCAGACUCACAGGGCUCUGUGGAGUCUGAGCUUGACGUAGAAUCCGACUUCGAACUGACGACUGACGAUCCGCAACCGCUUCGCUCUGACCUUGAGGAAGAGCCCCAGGACAGUCCUGGUCACAGGCCGCUUCUGAUUGCAAACCCCAUGGUUCAUAGAGGAACUGAGGGGGCCCAGCCAGAGCAGGACAGUGCUGAGAUGGACAGCGAGGAUUUCUGUGCCGUGUGUCUGAUUGGAGGGGAGCUGCUAUGUUGUGACCGUUGUCCAAAGGUCUUCCACCUGACUUGCCAUGUUCCGCCUCUGCUGAGUUUCCCCUCGGGGGAUUGGUUGUGCAGCCUGUGCAGAAAUGCUGUCGAGCCAGAAGUGCAGUACAACUGUGAGGGUGAAAGAACACCUGGAGAACACGCAACGCACGGACUGUCUGCAUGUGACAAGAGAAAAUGCGAGCGACUGAGUCUUCUGAUCCUCAGCAACAUUUUGAGCGCUCCCUUCCACGAACCCGUCAGUCCGCUUGCACGCCAUUACUACCAGAUCAUCAAGAGGCCAAUGGAUCUGUCUGUGAUCAGAGCCAAACUCAGUAAGGGGAAUCCCAGACAUUAUAGCUCGCCAGAUGAGUUUGUCGCUGACGUCUAUCUCAUGUUCCGAAACUGUGCAAAAUUUAAUUAUCCGGACUCUGAAGUGGCCCAAGCAGGCCGCAGCCUGGAGUUGUUCUUCACCUCCAAGCUGAAAGAGGUUUUCCCAGACAGAGGUUUCCCAAUGGCUGAGGCGGACUCUGAUAGCGAUGAGUACGAUGAGGCCUACAGGACGGCUGAGAGUGGUUUCCUCUGGCCAGAGAGGAGGGAGCAGUGCCACGGGAAGAGGAAGAGGAGACAGUCGCUCAAGUCGAGGCGGCAUCACUUUUAAACCACCGGUGACUGGAAUGAAAAGGUGGUCGCCAAUGUGUUUUUAAUUUUAUAUGUGUUUAAUAACUUUUUUUUAAUUUAUCAGACUGCCAAGAUUGUUUUUACUUUACUUAAGUGUUCUGGUUUCCAGUUAAAUGACAGAGCUGCUGAGGCAUUCCAGUCUUAUGGAAAGGUAUUCUACAGUAUUUUUGUGUCAAGUGUGAGGAAAUCAGCUACAUAUUGGCCGAAAUUGAGACAUGCGACAGGACACCGAUGCCAAACACACCAGCAAAUUACAACUGAAUUGGUUGUUACAAUGGCCCAGAGACAGGACAGACACCACCCUGAUGGGAAUGAUGUGGCACGACUUUCAGAGAGCUGUGCAUAAAGGAACUGUAGCAAUGUUGGGAAGAGUGGGCCAAACUUUCCUCCGCAACAAUGAGAAAGAUGUGAUAAUGUCACCCAGAAAACAACGGCUACAUGUACGGUAGUUGCUAAAGCUGGUUCUACGUAUGACUGAAACAUGGGGUGUACUUAGUUUUUCCACACACCGCUUCUGUAUUCUGGUUAAGGUUUGGUUAAAUGAUCUAUGUCACUGUGUAAUAUGUCAAGUGUUCCUAUACUUCUGAGGUUGUGUUUAUUACCUCAUUUUAAGACCUGAUAAGAUUUUUUUUUUAUAUCCUUUUAAAUUCUUUGAACUAAAAGAAGGCUACUUUCUUUUCCACGUGACUGUAAAAUAUUUUAAAUACAUACAAAUGCAGGAAAACAUUAUUAUUCCUGCUGGCAGCUGAUCAAUAGAAUGAGUGUAGUCAUUUAUAUAGGUUGCAUCAUCUAUACAAUGAUAAAUGUAUCUCUAUAAAUGUCAAAGAUUGUAUGUUUUGCUGCUGCGGCCACACAACAUGUUAAUAUAGGUAGUUAAUGCUGUUUUUGUUUAUCAUAUCACACUUUGAACACUGUUUUUUUUAUAUUUCAUCCUAAUGCUUUGCACUUCUCUUUUUGUAUCUCCAUGCAAACCUAAAAAAGGAAAAACAAAAACGGUGAACAUACUUUAUGCCAUAUGCUGUAUUGUACAGAGAGGAUGGUGUAUUUGGAUGUUUUUGCACUUGUAUUGGGCUGUUUUUGUGUAGAAGACCACAGCCAUGACUAUUCAUAGUACUGCAAUGCUGGUAAAUUCUGCAAUAUGUCAUAUUCAUAUUCAUGUUUGACGUGUGCUUGUAUAGGGCAUUAUUUUACUGAAUUUGUCAAUUAUUAAAGGAUUGCAAGAUAUUAUCUAAGCUUUUCUCUUUAAACAAUUCUGUCUCUGUAGUUUAUUUUCCCUAAAAGUUGCUGAAGUAAUGCAGAAAGUAACAGAUGACAAGUCUGUUGUGAGAGGAUGUUUUAUUCCCAUCAAACAACCGUAGAACAUUUCAUUUUUCAAAACAUUUCUUUUAUUUCCUAAACAUAUCAGGCUUGAUGAAAGUUUCAUGUAUUGAUAUGAUUCAUUACUGAUUAAAUGUCCUUACUACUUACUGAGGCACAGUGUUUAAAUGAAAUAUGUCAUUUUGUAAGAACAUUUUGUUUUUGCUUUGCUGGUUCCCUGCGGCUUGAUGUAGACGUCACUCAAAUGAGUAGUGAAUCAACAGCAUAUGUCGUGUAACUUCUUUUAAAAAUAACAAGUAGUUAUAUUUCCUUUUGUGUGGGGAAGAUGAAUCAACUGUAGUUGCUAUCAUUGUUUCAGGAGUUUCUUGCCGUUACUGUAGCAGCCUACAGUAUAAUUGGCACAAAGUAUAU